AUCGGAAUCAUUGAAUAUUAUAUUUUUUUCGAAUGAGAGUCAAAACAGUAGAUAACUUUCUAAAAUUAAUUAAAUUGGAUCAAUAAAGUGCUGUGAUUAAAGUCCAAGCCAAAAAAUGCUUAAAAUUCCAUCAGCAAAAGAGGAAAAUUAGUGAAAAAGUGAAUUUGGGUACAUACAAAAGAAGAGAGAGAAAAAAAAAUUAAAAUUGAAAAAAAAAAAUUAGAAAUGAGAGCUUUAAAAGGCGAUGACUAUAAAAUUUCCCAAAAAAUCUGAAAUAAUGAUAUAAAGUGGUGAUAAAUGUAUUAAGAUUUGAUCACAUAAAGUGAAAUUUGUGCAAGUGCUAAGAGAAAAUCAAAUUUAAUGAAUUAUGGGAAAUCAACAGUCAGUAAAAUCCGAGUCUAAACAAUCUUCCUUACCAAAUCUUUCGAUUGGAGGUGCGGUUCCAUCAUCUAUCCGUUCAAGUCGUUCAAAAUCAAGAAUUCCAAAAGAUCCAAGGAUAUUAGGAUCAAAUAUAUUUACUGAGCACAGUGAGGCGCUUCUGCAAUCUCGGCCAUUACCUCAUGUGCCGCAUAAUCCGGUAGAAGUUUUGUGUCAAGAAAAUUCUGAUCAUAGUGGAACGUUACUUUCACAAGGUAGCAACACCAGUAAUACACAGUCAACAUUUGAAACUGCGAAUCGUUGGACCUCCAAAGAGAAUCUUUUGACACCAGCACCAGAGGAUGAUGACCCACAAUUGUUUGUGGCUUUAUACGAUUUUAAAGCAGGUGGAGAAAAUCAAUUGAGUUUAAGAAAGGGUGAACAAGUGAGAAUUCUCUCCUAUAACAAGUCAGGCGAAUGGUGUGAGGCACAUAGUGAUUCGGGUCAUAUUGGUUGGGUUCCAUCAAAUUAUGUGACACCAUUAAAUUCAUUGGAAAAACAUUCAUGGUAUCACGGUCCAAUAUCAAGGAAUGCAGCAGAGUAUUUACUAAGUUCGGGAAUUAAUGGCAGUUUCUUAGUUCGUGAAUCAGAGAGCUCGCCAGGUCAAAGAUCUAUAAGCUUACGAUACGAAGGGAGAGUCUAUCAUUAUCGCAUUCAAGAGGAUGUCGAAGGAAAAGUUUAUGUAACUGCCGAAUAUAAGUUCAACACAUUGGCAGAACUAGUUCAUCAUCAUAGUGUUUUACACGAAGGUCAUGGACUGAUAACGCCUCUAUUAUAUCCAGCGCCAAAACAGAAUAAACCUACAGUUUUCCCUCUUAGUCCUGAACCUGAUGAAUGGGAAAUUAGCAGAACGGAUAUUGUUAUGAAACAUAAAUUAGGCGGAGGUCAAUAUGGUGAAGUUUACGAAGCUAUUUGGAAAAGAUAUGGAAAUACUGUUGCUGUCAAAACAUUGAAAGAAGAUGUUAUGGCUCUUAAGGAUUUCUUGGAAGAAGCUGCGAUAAUGAAAGAAAUGAAACAUUCUAAUUUAGUACAAUUGAUUGGUGUUUGUACUCGUGAACCUCCUUUCUAUAUAAUAACUGAAUUCAUGUCUCAUGGAAAUUUACUCGACUUUUUGAGAGCUGCUGGACGCGAAACACUUGAUGCUGUUGCUCUAUUAUACAUGGCAACACAAAUUGCGUCUGGUAUGAGCUAUUUAGAAAGCAGAAAUUUUAUUCACCGAGAUUUGGCAGCAAGAAAUUGUCUUGUAGGCGAUAACAAUCUUGUCAAAGUUGCUGAUUUUGGACUUGCUAGAUUGAUGCGUGAUGAUACAUAUACUGCCCAUGCAGGUGCUAAAUUUCCCAUCAAAUGGACUGCGCCAGAAGGCUUAGCAUAUAACAAAUUUUCAACAAGAAGUGAUGUUUGGGCAUUUGGUGUAUUGCUUUGGGAAAUAGCAACUUAUGGAAUGUCUCCUUAUCCAGGAAUUGAUUUGACGGAUGUUUAUCAUCGACUCGAAUCCGGCUACAGAAUGGACAUUCCACCAGGCUGUCCACCAGAAGUAUAUGAACUAAUGAGAAAAUGUUGGCAAUGGAGCGCUACGGAUAGGCCAACCUUUAAAUGUAUUCAUCACGAUUUAGAACAUAUGUUUCAGGAAUCGUCAAUUAUCGAAGCAGUAGAAAAGCAAUUACAGGGAACGACGGUUCAAAUACAACCGACUUUAACUCCUCAGAUGAGCAAAAAACCUCAAAUGGGAACACAUAUGGUUCAACAACAACAGCAACAGCAAAUCGAACAAGCUAUUACUCCACUUUCGGAAACUGGUUCUUCGUCGAAAUUGAGCACUUUUUCAUCAGCCAAACUGAACUCUGCUGUACAAAUGAGAAGAACCACAAAUAAAAAAGGAAAAACAGCCCCAGCUCCACCGAAACGCACAAGCUUGCUUUCAACCAAUCGGGAUUCAACCUAUCGCGAUGAUGACAACCGGAAUAUUGACGAAAUUAAUGGAUUUACUCGUGAAAUUACAAAUUUGGCUUCUCGAGCAGAUUCAGAAAAUGAAAAUCAAGAAAUAACACCAGAUACUGACACAGAUAGUCAGGAACAUUUAUCAAAGCCACCAAUACAAUAUCAAUCGUCCUCUUUUAAGCGAGCUCCAAUGAUGGGCACUCGUUUGGAUACAAGAAACAGCAAAUCCAGGUCGAGUCAACGUAAAACACCAAUAGGUAAUCAAUCAAUGAGUCCACAACAACAAUCUUUGCAUUCACAACAACAACAACAACAACAACAGCAGCAAACAGUAGUGGGAGCACUAGAAGUUCAAAAUGUAAAACGAGCGAUAAAUCGUUAUGGAACCUUGCCAAAAUCUAGUAGAAUUGGAGCAUACCUUGAAUCUCUUCGACAAAAUGGUGAAAAUGAGUCACCGCAAAUCAUCCAGCCUGUCAAUCCAUCACAAGUUAAUAUAUUAGGUAUUCCAUCAUCUGAUCAAUUGCCAUCCAAUCAUCAUUCACCAAGAACUGCUCUCAAAAUGCAACCGCCAGCCCAAAUGAUUCGAAGUAAUUCUUCUGGUGGAGUAACCAUGACAAAUUCGGCUACAGCUAGCUUAACAAAACUUCAGAGGCAUCGUACAACGACAGAUGGAACAAUGAUGACAACAUUUUCUAGCUUCAGAAGUACUGGAAGUAAUAAUAGUCCUAAAAGAUGUAUUCCUGCUCCUGCAUUACAAGAUUUAGAAUUUCCUCCACCUCCACCACCUGAAGAAUUCGAUGGAGUUACAUCAAAUAAUCAAUUAAUUUCCGACAUUCCACCAUUAAAACAUCAUACUAACAAUAAUGACGUUUCAAAUACAGCUCCGAGUGUCGAGGAAGCAAGUACUCGAUUCGGGGUUAGUUUAAGAAAGCGCGAGCCAUCAACAGAUUCUUGUAGCUCUCUCGGUAGUCCAGCAAAUGAUCUCAAUGAUGUAUCAAAAAUACCUUUUCAAAAUAACGAAAUUGUGCCAAAAAUUGAUCCAGCAGCUGCAUUGUUAAUUAAUGAAUUGGCUGAAACAAUGCACAUUCCAAAACCUGAGGCGCCUAUUAAGCCAUCAGAUCUUGGCAGAAAACCAAGCACAGCUAAACAAAUACUUUCGAAUGUGCAAAAUCCCAUAGCAUUACCUGUAGAAUCAAAUAAUGGUAUAGCAUUUAAAGCCCAACUGAAGAAAGUUGAACCAAAAAAGGUAAUAAAGGAACCACCUAAAGAUGAAAUAACCACGAGUAUAAUUGACUUUAAAUCACGAUUACGUAAAGUAGAUCCAACAGAUUCUGAAAUUAAUCCAGAUGAUAUUAAUAAGAUAAGUAGCAAGGGUGAUGAGUUAACUUGUAACAGUAACAAUAAUAAUAAAGUAAAAUCAAAUUGUAACACUAAUAACAAUAACAAUAAUAAUAAUAGUGUUAAGGAACCACUGAAAAAGACUGAAAUUAAAAUAGACGUGGUUGAAGAUAAGAAAAGAGAAAGCAAUGGCGAAGGAAAAGUAUUAACAGUCGAAGAGGAUGAUAAGAGAAAAAGCACUGGAAGUAUUAGCAGCUUGAAGAAAUUAUGGGAAGCCAAAGAACUUGCCGCUCCGUCGAGUGAUUUGCAAACAAAUCAACUAAGUCCGAAAAUGGGAAAUCCAAAGAAAAAGGACGACUUCAUUGAUGACGGAAAUAAUAAUAGUCCAUCAUCGAAUAAUGGACAGUCUGAAUCAUCAAGUAUGGAUCCACCGGUAGCAAAAAAACCAGCUGUACCAGUAAAACCAUCAAAAUUUACAAUUUAUGCAACACCAACUUCACUGCAACAACACCAACAAAAUACAACAAAAGGAGUUGAAAAUAAUAAUCAUAAUGUUAUAACAAAUGUGAUGUCAUCGACAAAUUCAUCGCCUCCUGCAAGUCGUGAAAAUAUUCUCGAACUUGUUCAAAUGGUUGAGUGCAAUUUAAAAAUACCAGUUAAUUUUAUUACGGCCACACAAUGGUUACAGUUAAGUGAUAAGCUAAAUAUCAUUCAAUCGUCAUGUGUAACAUAUGCAGAUACUUUGCCAUUACAUACAAAAUUUCAAUUUCGUGAAUUGGUCACGAGAGUCGAAAAUCAAUCAAACUGUUUACGUACUGCUGGUCAAAAAAAUGUUCAAGACAAUGAAAAGCUGCUAAUUGAAGUUGGACAAUCGCUUAAACAGCUUUCGAAUGCAUUGCACAGAUAGAGUGCAAAUUUAAAGCGUUUUUUCUCAAUGGCUAUUUGAUGUGGUCCUCUCAAACGAAUAAAAUUUCAAUCCUUGACUCUAUUUUUCUACUCUCCUAACUUCUUCUAUACAUACACAAACACACACUUAUAAUAUAUUACCCUUAAAAUAAUAUAUUGAACCAUUUUUUUUUGGAGUAUUUACUACACAUAACGAAUAGUAUAUAUAUAUAUAUAUCGAAUAACUAAUGAAAUAAUAAUUUACGUCUAUACUCCUUGCUAAUCUUUCCGAAAAACUAUCUGCAUAAAAUUGUAUAAUUUUCUUUUAUUUUAAUUAUCUCUUCGUUUGGGGUCGUUCACUUAUGACAUCCGAAAAUAACGGUCAUUUUUCAUUUGCUGACCCCCCCCCCCCCCUCCCUGCACGUCAUAAGUGAACAGCCCCUUUCCAGUACAUCUCACCAAAAUUUUAUUUUAAAAACUGAUUAAUACUUCCUUACCUUACAAUAUCCCCCAUGCUUUAUAUUGCAUAAUCAAAUAGAAACUAUUAUGCAUGCCAAAAGGCCAAAGUAUUGACUGAUUAUGAGUUUUGUGUUUUUAAUAUAAUUAAAUAAAAAUGUCUUUCAUAAUAUGACUUAAUUCCUCAUUUUUUCUUCUUCUCUGGAUGAUGAUGAUGAUAAUGUUAUUUAAGCAUUUCAAAUAAAUUAAUAAAGAUAAAUAAAUGUGUAGCAGUAAAAAAAGGCUUAUGAAUGAAAUGAUAUGAUAAGUGUUUGAUAAAAAAAAAAAAGCUUGAUGCUCAAAUAUCUUAUUAUUCAUGAUAGAUGUUUAAUGAGGGGGACAUAAAAUCUCUCAAAAUAAUACAUACAUUUCCAUAGUUUUACGAUAAUCAAACAAACACAAUUUAUGUUUAAUUUGUGACUAUUUUAAGAUCUCGUUUAAGGGUCGUUCACUUAUAAAUUGUUAUAAAUGUCCAAUUUUUUUGCGUUGCGAGUCACUGCUAGACAAAAAGUGUUCAUUUUUAGCAUACUAAUAGUUUGACAAAGAGCAUAUGAAGACCAUACCUUAUGUGAAUGGACUUUAAAAAAAUUAUCAUGAUUAUUCUAAAUGUGUCUCCUUUUAGUCACAGUUCAUCUGUCUCAAGUACUAAUCAUUUAUGCCAAUAUUUUUUCAAACUGUACAUUGAGAGCUCUUAAUUAACACAUUACUUUCAUUUCAAUCCUUUCGUCAUGUAAAAUAAUGAAAGGCUGAAAGAAUGUCAUUUCUAAAUAUUUUUAUAUUCAUGCUUGAUUAUUCCUUUAUCACAAAAAAAAAACAUGCUAGUCGAUUUAUUUUACUUCCUUUAUAAGUUUAAAAAAUUAUUAUGAGAAAAGAGAAUCAACUGAUUAUGAUAAAAAUAAAAAAAAUGAAUGAUAAAAUACACAAGAAAAUUUUUAUAAAAAAAAUUUUAAAAUUAUUUCAUAUCUGAGUAUUAAGGAAACAAAUCAAGACAAAAAGGAAGAUGAAAUGAAAAUAUUUUAAUAUAAUUGAAAUGCUGUAAGAUGAAAAAAAAAUACUUUUUUUGUGUAAUUCUUAGAUUUCAAUGUCUUUACUAAAUAUAAUAAAAGUAAUUUCAUAUAAAAUUUUACAUAUAAUCAUUAUAUAGACUAUCAGUGAAUAUACAUGAAAACAUUUUAUCCAGUUCAUUUAGAUAUAAUUUGACUAGAAAUUUAUUUCAAAUAACAAAAGUUAUUUAACUACAUUGAAUUAUUUAUUGAAAUCAAUUAAAAAGAAAUUUUCGUUGUCUAUUGAAACUUUAACGAUCAUGUGGGUAAUGUCGUGAGCAUCAAAGAAAAAUCUUUGUUCCAUAAUGUAUAAAAAGUUAUAUGCUCUUCCUUAAUAGUCCUGGGAAAUAAGAAUAAUUGGCAUUCAUUCGCUUAUGACUUCUUUAAAAAAAAAAAAGAUUUCCGUACACAUUUUAAUUUAAAAAAAGUUUUUAUUUUUAAGGUAUCUCAUGUCUCCAAACUCAAACUCCUCCUUAAUAAUAUAGUUCGUAAGGGGCCAUUCACUUAUUACGUAACGCUUUUAGGGGGGAAGGGGGGUCUAAGAUUUUGUUACGGUUCAAACAAGGAAAUUUUUUUUUCAUACAAAUUUUGUUACGAGGGGGGGGGGGUCUAAGAAGUCAUUUUUUCACGUUACGUAAUAAGUGAACAGCCCCUAAGUGAAUGAUUAACUGACAGGAAUUCUCAAGUAAACUGUUGCCAAUUCUUACCAUUAAUGAUUCAACACCAAAAAUUAGUGGUGAAAAAAAAACCUUUUCAGAGUGCACACUUAAAUCACCAAUCUUUUCAAGUUUUUUAAACGACGUUGUAAGGUAUCGCGAAACAAAGAUUGAUGCCGUUUCUUUAGCUUUGCCACGACACCAUAUAAUAAUGAAUUUUCUAAAGAAUAAACUAAGAUUUUCGGAGCAUUGUUAACCGUUGUCAAAAAUCAAACAAAUGAAUUGGGUUGAAUGAAAAAAAAAAACUUUGUAGCUUCAAGAAAAUAUUCGUUGCUUUAACUUCUGUCUCCAAAGAUAUUUAUUGUCAUAAAAAGUCUCUCAAAAAUAAUAUUAUGGUUUAUUUUGAAACUUAGGCAUACAUUUAAAUGAGCUGCAACGAUUACUCCUAGAUUCUAAGAAAUAAAAUAGUAGAAUAUGAUAAGAAAAUUUCAAGAAUACAAAAUCAUUAUUAAGCAUAAACAAUGCAUGAUGAGUAAACAUAUAUAUUAUUAUCUAUAAAAUUUCAAAACUGAAAAGGUAAAAAUAAAAAAAUAAUUUUAUAAAAUUGAAAUUCAAUGUAUUUU